UCCGACAAGAUGGCCGGGAGUCGGGGGCUAAAGUGAGGAAGGAAACCAAAACACGGGCUGCUUCGAGCUCAUGACGACCAGUUAUUGCGAGUAGAAUCGCUUUCUGACUCGGUUCUUUGGAGUUCCGUGUGCGACAUGCCGGGGUCGGUGUUGUUUGUGGCCGGGACGAGCAGACAACGCUCGGUUGUCUGCUAUGUUUGGCUAGCUAGGUAGAGAGCUAACAAUACUAUCUGCCCUGCGAGCUGGCAAAACUGUUACCGAGGGACUUCACUCUUACAAAGUGACAGCGGCCUUAGCUUUGUGUGAAAAAGUUUCAUUUUGUUCCCGAACAACAUGUCAAUUGCGGCCAUCUCGUAACAUCUUACGUGCGCCGGAUGAAAAGGGAGAAGUUAAAUGACUCGACCCCAACUAGGAACUUAGCAAACGGCUGUUAGCUUGUUCACCCUUUUAUGAUGUAAUGUAUUUUAUUCGGGGAAGUUCACGCACAUUUUCAACUCUACAAUAACUGCUCAACAGUAUCCGGACCUUGUAGUCCCGUGGGCCCAGCUGCCCACAAUUACGUCACCUAACAAGUGGCGGACGUGAGUUUAUCCGAGGAGCUGUCAGCCAGUCCCACCAUGGCCCACCCCCCUGGGAACCUGCCCGGGAUGCAGAACGUAAGAGUGGACCCAGAGGAGCUCUUCACAAAGCUGGAGCGCAUCGGCAAGGGUUCGUUUGGCGAGGUCUUCAAAGGCAUCGACAAUCGGACUCAGAAAGUGGUGGCCAUCAAGAUCAUUGACUUGGAGGAAGCCGAGGACGAGAUCGAAGACAUUCAGCAGGAGAUCACCGUGCUGAGCCAAUGCGACAGCCCCUUUGUCACCAAAUACUAUGGCUCCUACCUGAAGGACGCCAAGUUAUGGAUCAUUAUGGAAUAUUUAGGAGGAGGCUCUGCUUUAGAUUUGAUGGAGCCAGGUGCUCUGGAUGAGACCCAAAUUGCCACCAUUCUGAGAGAGAUCCUCAAGGGGCUAGAGUACCUGCACUCUGAGAAGAAGAUCCACCGGGAUAUCAAAGCCGCCAACGUGCUGCUUUCUGAACAAGGCGAGGUGAAGCUGGCCGAUUUUGGUGUGGCCGGCCAGCUCACCGACACCCAGAUCAAGCGCAACACCUUUGUGGGCACGCCUUUCUGGAUGGCACCUGAGGUCAUAAAACAGUCUGCAUACGACUCUAAGAACAACCCUCCGACUCUGGAGGGAAACUACAGCAAGCCGCUCAAGGAGUUUGUUGAGGCAUGCCUCAACAAGGAGCCCAGUUUUAGGCCGACUGCCAAGGAGCUGCUGAAGCAUAAACUGAUUGUACGCCAUGCUAAAAAGACAUCGUACUUGACAGAGCUGGUGGACAAGUACAAACGGUGGAAGGCUGAGCAGUCGAGAACCACAGAGUCCAGUUCUGAUGAGUCAGACACGGAGCAGGAUGGGCAGGCGUCGGGCGGAAACGACUUUGGCAGUGACAACUGGAUCUUUACCAUCCGGGAGAAGGACCCAAAGAAGCUGCAGAACGGCGAGGGGCAGUCAGAUGAAACGGAGCAGACUAAAGAUAUUCCAAAGAGGCCUUAUUCACAGAGCCUGUCUACAGUCAUCUCUCCUACAUUAGCCGAGCUAAAGGCCAGGCAGGAGCAAAUGAACCGGAACCCUGUCGCCCUGGACGACUUGAAGGAGGCCAUCUUGCGGACUGAGGAGGCUUACCCCGGCAUUUCGGAUUCCCUGGUGGCUCACAUGAUCCACAGGCUUCAGAGUUUCUCCACAAGCAGGGCGUCUUCUUUGCCAUACAGCUGAUCUUGAUCUACAUCUAUUCUGCGGGGACUGCCGGCGUUGUCGCUACGUGGCAUUUUGCCCGACGAAGAACGGAAGCUCCCAAAGCCUCCGACGCAAGACUUCAGUCCACCGUUCCCUUUUAACCGAAGCAAGCGUCAUAUACCACCAGAACCUUUUUGACAAAGCAUGCUCGGUGUGAACAUCCUCUUUACGCCAACAUGCCUAAAGGUAAACCGCAGCGUUCUUCAUGGAAAACCUCAGGUAAAGUGCUUUAAGUUGACUGUCAAGUGGGCAGGGUUGUCAAUUUGCAGGAGAUGAUUCACUGUGUACAAAAUGGCCCCACACAUUUUGUAGAUGCGUCUACUGAAAAGGAACAUAAUGAGCAUUUUUUUUCAUGAGUGGCACUUCUUCAUGAGAUUUUUUUUGUUUGUUUCACCAGUCUGUGAGUUACGAAGCCCCGAACAUAGUUGUGGCACAAUAUAGAUGUAACGUAUGCACAAAUUGCUACAUUUGUGACCUUGAAAACAAAUUUGAGGCCAUGUAAUGGGUAUAAUGUCCACAUAAAAUGCAAAUUUGUGACCUCGAAAUUCUAAUUUGAGGCCACGAAAUAGGUAUAAUGUAUGCACGAAAUGCUGAUUUCUGAUGUCUAAGUACUAAUUUGUGACCACCAAAUAGGUAUAACGUGCACACAAAAUGCUCUGGCCUCAAAAUAUUAAUCUGUGCCAUCAAAUAGGUAUAAAUUGGGGCCAUAUUCUCCCGUUGGCUCAAAGUCUUUUUUCUUUGCGCCUGAUUCACGCACUUUCAAGGUGUGUCGAUUCUCCCGCGAUAACUUCUGCCACACUAGUGACUCAUUGAAGUCUGAGGGAGGCUGUAAUUCUCUAAAAGUGGAGCUUUCUUGAGACAUGAAUACCAUUGACAUCCAUGUGGAAAAUAUGUCACACAUUGAAUGUGAAAUUAACUUCCAUAGCGGCUACAGAAGUUAAUCACUGCACUGCUGAUGACAUGCCCACCGCCCUAUUCAUAAGCAAGUAGUGUUCAGUCACAACACAGUAUUGCUUAUGAAUGGAGCAGUGGGCACGUCAUCUGCAACGCAUACAUAUGAAGUGCGACAUUUUCCAGAUGCAUUUUGUAAGGCACCGAUGCAUUCAGUCAUAAGCACAGUAUUGCGGUGACCGGCUCCGUCGGAGCGGUUAGCUAAAUCAAAACAUGCAGGAUGAUGUUUCACCUUCCCGGGGCGCUAGCCUUUCAACAGCAUCUGGAGUGCGGAAGAGGAAACACGCUUAAGUCUUUGGGAGAAUUCGUGCUCGGCCAGAUUUGACAGGGAACGCCCACCUUUCAGCGUUACUCCGCCCAGAGUGUGUAAAUAGCAAGAAAGUGUGCAAAUGAUGGAAUUAACUGGUCGACAGAACGGGCGCAGGCGGGAAACUGCGGAGCUGCGUGCCUUUUCUGAUUUAAGCACAUGGGAGAUUAUACCCCUAAAUGCUCAUUUCUGACCGAGGGAAAAAAAAAUUUGCGGCAAAGAAAAUGGUUACAAUGUUAUGAAAUACUAAAUUGCGGGUUUAAUAUCAUUCCCAUGAACAACAUGGUAAGCAAAUGGAGCAAAAACUGCAAUACAUGUCCUUAAGGUUUGUUAGAAAAUGUUUCCUUUGCACUUAUAAAAUGUAUUUACGCUAUUAUUAAUUAUAAUAUACAGUCCCCUCCAAAAGUAUUGGAAACAAGGUCAAUUCCUUUGUUUUUGUUGUAUACUGAAUACAUUCGGGUUUCAGAUCAAAAGAUGAAUAUGAGACAAAGACAGAUGACCUUGUGUUUUGGAUCAUAAGCGGAUCCUUUCUUUCUCCAUACUUUGGCCUUUCCAUCACUUUUGUAGAGGUUAAACUUGGUCCAGAAAACUUUUGCGGCUCAUCUCUGUACUUCUUUGCAAAAUCCAAUCUGGCCUUUCGAUUCUUUUUGGUGGUGAGUGGUUCGCAUCUUGUGGUAUGGCCUGUAUAUUUCUUCUCUCGACGUCUUCUUCGAACAGUAGCUCGAUACCUUCCCCCCUGCCCAGUGGAGGUUGGCAGUGAAGUCACUGACUGUUGCCUUUGCCUGUUUCUUCACAAAUCUCAAAAUGUUUCUGUCAUCAACUGCCGUUGAUGCCCUUGGCCGACCUGUUCGAUGUGUUGCUCAGUAGUUUUUCUUUCUUCAAUCAAUCGAAAAGGCAACACCUCGCAACUAUAAACACCCAUCAGUCAUAUGUUUGAAUACUUUUGCUCACUUAAAAAGUAGGUGGGUUCAAACAAAAAGUGCUCUUGUCCUGGGUUGUUUAACACGCUGUAAAUACCAUGAAAUAAAAGACGGAAUUCUGAAAUGUUGUCUCAUAUUCCUCUUUUGAUCUGAAACCCGUGUCGUCGGUAUAGAACAAAAACAAAGUAAUUGACCUUGCCGUUUCAAUACUUUUGGAGGGGACUGGACAUUUUUCUCUAGUGUGAGGAUAAAAACAGUCACCCUGUUCAUGUCUCUUUCUCUAUUUAAAUGCCUCUCGGUAAUACUUUGCAACGCCAGGCUUUUCAGAAUGUCUUUGUAGUUGAUCCCCAGCCAAAAUGAAAUUCAAUCAUCCUCAUAUCACUGACCAUUGUGCAGCUUUAGGCGGGGUCCGUUUCUAGGGAAUGUGCACUCUAUAUGCUUACCCAGUUGGCCAGUACGGACCAACAGCUACUUGUGGCCACAAAUUACCAUUUUGUGGCCACAAAUUAGCAUUUUGUGCGCACAGAAUUUCUGUACUGUGGCCACAAUUUCCUCCCUCCCAUCCUCUAGUGAGUAAAUCUCAUUAGUGUUUUCUCAGUCGACAUCCCAAGUUCCAAUCCUUCCAUUUCAGUGGCCCGCAAAGAGCAACUGUGUUUGAAGGAUGGAGGGGAUUCUGGGACAACACAGCCAAACAAUGCCACUCAUCAAACCCUCCUCACACGAGAAGUGCCAUGGUUGGGCUUUUUUUUUUUUUAAAUGACUGUUUCCAUUUCAUUUUUUUUUUUUUUUUUUACUCCAUGAAAGUGUGGCACUUACUGAAAGAGAACUGAGAGCAAACAUUUUUAUAAUUGCUAAUAGCCAUGUGUUGCUAUGUUUACUUAAGAGCUCCAGAAUCUACUGCGCUAAUGCAGCAAUAACGUUGAAAAGUUGUAUCACUUGUCAGCACAGAUAAAAAGCAAAUUAAGAAAUAUAUGGUAUUUUUAUAAUUGCAGUUAUGGAAUUAUGGAAUGCUUAAAGUUAUAUAUAUAUAUAUAUAUAUAUAUAUAUAUUAAAAAAAGCUACACGCAAAGAAAAUCUGUACAUUUGUUUAUCAUAGCUGGCAGUUUAUAGUACUGUAUAUAAUAUUUGCUUGUCAUUUGAGAAGUUAAAUGUAAGCUUUUAAAGUGGCAUAAGAAAUAAAGAAGCUACUGCAGAUUUUAUAGCUACCCUUAUAAUUUGAAUAGAAAACAGUGCAACAUUUAUUUGUAUAUAAAUUUAUAUAGUACACAUACAAUCUGCUUGUUCUCAUUAGGGCCGCAGGUGAGGUGGAGCCUAUCCCAGCUCACUUUGGGAAAGAGAUGAAAUACACCCUGGACUGGUCGCCCAUCAAUUGCAAGGCACAUGCAGACAAGCAUUCGCGCUCGCAUUCAGCCCAACGGAAAAUUUAGAGCAGUUACGAGUGGCACACAGGCUUCCUCCAGUGGUACACAAAAUAAUCACUGCUUGCACUGUACAUUCAUUCAAUAAUACAUUUGCACUUAAUUAAGUCGUCCCGCACUUCCCAUAAUGUAAUAGUAGCUUAAAUAUACUUUUAGGAGAAACUUUGCUGUCAUUUUUGAUAAACACUAAGGCUUAGCACGCUAUUGUGUUUUGUUUGUGGUACUUGGUGUAAAACGUGGAGAGAUAGUUUAGCGUUUUCAGUGAACCUAACAUGUAUGUUUUUGGAGUAUGGGAGGAUGCCAGGGUACCCACAGAAGCACCAGGGAGACCAUGCAAAUUCCACACAGGAAGGCUGCAGCCGAGGUUGGAACCUCAGAACUGUGAGGCACUUAAUAUGCUCACCGUUCAUCCAGUGUGCUGCCUAUACACAAACUAGUCUUGACAAAAUUCAAGAAAAAAAUAAUGAAAAAAAAUAUUAAGUAGUUCAAGCAAUUAAGUCAAUGUUUUGAGUAUUAUGUCAAUGCACUUUCAUUUGAGCAACAAAACCAGAAGACGAUACCAUGGCCCAAACAACACGACGCUGAACUGAAUCACUUCUUCCAGGUGUAACUGUAAUUGUUCAUAGUGAUCUGUGCGAGUGCCGUCUUUCCGAGGCUGGACGGUUGCUGCAGCUGCUGGAUGGAGGCCGGAUGAAGGCCAAAUGCAGAC